CCCGGUCAGGAGACAUGGCGGGACAGGAGAGGAGAAAAAGACAGCCUUAUACUCCUUCUCCACACUCCCCUCCACGCCUGUCGCUGUAAUCUUCUCCCCUUGUGGGGGUUCAGGACCAGAGUCCUGCUCAGAAGUGUUCAGUGCGCUCUUAAACAGCUCCCACAGCUGUGGCUGUCAAGGCAACGCGUCACCCUUACAUAGGGGCUUCACCUCCACAAUGAACCCUUAACGCCACACAUCCCAUUUCAACACUCUGCAUUCAGCAAGAUCUCCCACUGUCUAGAAGAUGUGAAUGAUGUGCCAAUAUAAACACCAAAGUGGUUUUCAGAAGCAGCCUUCCCUCCUCGUUCUGUUUUUGCCAUUUGCACACAAGACCCUUCCCUUGUCUGCACCAAACAUCAACCGCCCGGCAUUUGUCCAGUCUUCAAUUUUAUCUCAAUCUUUUUAAAUUUUAUUUGAUUAUUCGUUUUACUACACGUGUCUAUAAAAAGGCGAUAGUGGGGAAUGAUUGUCGUCACAUCUCAGGCUCUGGUUUCCAUUCCCCUUCGAAACAGGGUGUGUGAGGAUGGACUUAGCUCCCUACCCGGAUCGAGUCAAUUAUUAAUCUGCGUGUGAGCGAGGUGUCAUUCAGACAACAGGACCCUGUGGGAGGAAGGAGCUGACCGGACCGCGCUCUGUCUCUCUCAGACUGCAGGGUGAAGCCAGCAGACUGAAGAGACCUCAGCUGAGCUCGGGGCAGUGCAGUGAUCAAGAAUGAGCUGUGGCUGUUCCUCAUUCCUGCUGCCCUGGCUCUCAUCCUGUGGGCCCUGUUCCUGGAAGAGAUGGGCUUCUUUCUGAGACACGUGGUGUCUUCCAAGCGCAGACGCCUCUACCUCUGGAUCUUGGGCAUGUACCCGGUGUUCGGAAUGACGUCCAUCAUCGCUCUCUAUGUGCCUCGAUCCUCAUCACUCUGCAAUUUCAUUGCCUCCCUGUACCACUCCAUCACGCUGCUGAAGUUCAUGGGUCUGAUCACAGACUUCUUUGGAGGCAAAGCCAGGAUGCUUGAGGUGCUGGAGGGCCAGCAGGUGUCUCCAGACCCCUUCCCCUGCUGCUGCUGCUGCUGCCUGCCCCUGAUCUCCAUCAACAGGUCCAGCCUGGGCUGGAUGACGGCUGCGGUGCUGCAGCUCUCCGUGGUGCGCUCCAUCCUCUUCUUCGUCACGCUGGUGCUCUGGACGGACGAGAAGUACGACUAUGGAGACGUGGACUAUGUCAACCCCAACUCCUACAUCAACGUCAUCAUCGGAGUGUCCACCUUCCUCUCCUUCUACGGCUACCUGCUCUUCUACAAGGCCACCAAGAGGGCCCUGCAUGGAUACGGGCUGCGCGCCAAGUUCGUCUGCAUCAUCGUCGUCCUGGUGCUCUGCGGCCUGCAGAGCAGCAUCCUGGAGACCAUGGGGGCGCUGAGGGUCAUCCCCUGCACGCCCCCGUUCUCCGACCUCAUGCGCUCCCAGCUGAUCUACCACUACAGCGUCAUCGUGGAGAUGUUCUGCAUCGGCCUGUUCGCGCGCCACUCCUUCUGCAAGUUGGAGCCCUGCCCCGAACUGGGCGUGUCCGAGGAGGCGGGGCCGGCGGGGGGGCGGGUCGAGAAGGCGGUGCAGACGGAGGGGGCGUGGCCUCAUGUGUCUGUGACCACGGAAGAGACCUGGCCAGGUGGGGGAGGGGGGGGCUGUAAUCCCGCCUACAGCAGCGACAGCGAGGACAGCCUGUGCCGCAUCGAGCAUGGCCCCCUGGACGGCUUCCCCUUCCCCCCCCCACCAGAGCUGAGGACCUCCAAAGAGCCGGCGGGGAGCCCUUCCACAGAGCUGUGUGCCAUGACUGUCACAGCACAGAUUAAUCACAGCGGGGCCAGUGAGGCCACAGUGGUGUAGGAGUCUUCCUCAUAGCCAGGCACCCCAGGACUCUGGGACAGCACAGGCACCACAAGACACUGGGACAGCGCAGGCACCCCAAGACACUGGGACAGUGCAGUCACCCCAAUACACUGGGACAGCACAGGCACCACAAGACACUGGGACAGUGCAGUCACCCCAAGACACUGGGACAGCACAGGCACCCCAGGACUCUGGGACAGCACAGGCACCACAAGACACUGGGACAGUGCAGUCACCCCAAGACACUGGGACAGCACAGGCA